GACAACGGCGAGCCUGAAUACGUGUCAAUGUCAUUCAUCUUGUCCUCUGGGCGUCGUAAAUUAUGCGGAUUCAGACCUGCCUCAAUGCUGAUAUGGUCGCUUUCUCUUCGCCUACUUGGCAAGCACACAUACUACCAAAAGCCACCCGGAUGGCUGCCAGUCGCGCUGUUUCUCUCAUUCUACCUCGUCUAUACCUCUCUAGCUUAUUUUCGGCCCGCGAUGAAAGCCAGUUACGAUCGCUUGGAAUCACACAUGUUAUCUCCGUACUCGAGCAGACACCCAAGUUCCCUCGAAAGUUGGGAUUAAAGACGCUACAUAUACCCCUUGCUGAUACUUCCGAUGCCAAUAUUUUGGAUCAUCUGGAUACUACGACGGAUUUCAUAAAAACUGCCUUGGCAGAAAAUGAAGAGAACAAAGUACUUGUGCACUGCUUGAUGGGCAUAUCACGAUCUGCAACGGUCGUGUGCGCAUAUCUAAUUGCUACUACCUCCAUGCCCCCCAAUGAAGCCAUGGGGUUUGUCGUUUCCAAACGGGCAGUUAUUUGUCCUAACCUUGGCUUCCGCCAACAACUUGACACAUACGCGGCAAGAUACGGCAUAGAGGACCAGAGGUUUAAGGAUGAAGCGAAGAGGAAGUCGGCUCAUGUUAGUGUUGCAGAACGGAUACGAAGGUUCAGGGCCUUGGCGUUGGGUGGAUGUACGUCUUCAUCGUCAGUUGUUGAGGAACUUGAAGAUGACAAAGGGUCUGCGGAUAGCUUGAAGGGAAAUAUCGCCUAAUUCGCUUGGUAGGUUUUGGACUCAAUAUUUAUGAUGGGGUAUAGAAUGUACAACCUAUUUAUUGUAACUUCCUCGCUUUGCUCUCGCACUCCCCGGCGAAGUGGGCUAAUCUAUUCACUGCAAUUGCCGUC